AUGACUAUCUCAUAUCCGCUAUGUGUCUUCCUCGAGAGUCGCGAAGAAAGACUAUCUCCUGAUCAUUGUUUCUAUCGCGUCGUUGAGGAGACUAUUCAAAAUGUCAUACAUUGCCCGACCGUCUUGCACUAUAUGGUGAGGAGCACACUCGAAAAUUUGAACGAAGUUGUGGAGGAGCAAAGGGUUCAGGAGAUCACCCAAUAUCUACAAACUACCUGCCCCACAGUUUCUGGCAGUGACUCCCCCGCAAUGAAUUCAACAUUCAUCAAUGUACGUGCAUACACAGCCUGUCAAGGUGGCAAAGAUCCAAGGAGCAGGAGGCUUGCCCGAAAACACAUAUAUAUUCAGAAGCGCUUGGUUGACGACUGGGUGAACUUAGCUUCAACCAAUGGCACGAUGGAUUCCUAUCUUUUCGAGCGAGAAUUUCGGCUCCUCACUACCUUCAUGAAGCUUUGCUUGAUACGUGGGCUCAUUGCUGUGGUCAGACUUGCGUUCACUUCACAGGACGUUGAUGUGAAGUAUGAGGCUCAUGGUUCUCCAUGCUUGCUGACCAAUUUCCUCUUACAAUGGAAUGGUUGGCUUGAGUUUGACGCUGGUAAAUCUGUUCAUCGCGAGAAAUUGCCAUACCGCAAAUUGCACUCUAUAGUGUUUUCAGACAAUUCUGAAUUGUCUCUGAAUCGUGGUUACGUGCGGAUAAAAGGUGAUUGGUCCUACUUGAAUAUUCGAUUGACGGCUGGAGAUUGGACAGCCAUUCCACCAGUGUGUCCUAUGCUCUACAAUGAGCUCCAGCCGCACUGUCUACGGAUGUGGAAUUCUCCACCAGAUCCCAACCCUGCAAAAAUAGAGACGAUGCCAUGGACAGGUGUGCUGCGACGAGUCAACACAGAAGAAGGAAUUGACGGGUUGUACAAAGGAAUUCUCCCUACCCUCGGUUUCAUGUUAUUCUGGGAGCAAAUGUCUAUCCCGUCCAUUGUGGUAAUUGGAUGUCUUCAUUUCGGGGUGUACGACCAGAGUACUGUUCUCAUAGUUGCUAUCGCUUCUCUCGUCAAAAUCAUCGCAACCGUGAUCGAGGUUGUCUUUGUCAAUCGGGCUGUAACAACUCGGGAAGACAUCUCUUCAUUCUCCUUACGACGAGCGCUUGAUGCAUUGCUCUCUCCGACUGAAAGAAAGCACCCUUAUCGCAUAUUUAGCAUCCCGGGCUUGCUUGCGACCUGCACUUUAUGGGUUUUGUAUAUCGUAGGCACAAUUGGAGCACGUCACUUUCUAUUCGUCAAACAAUUUCCGGAGAACUUUGGGAACUGGGAGGACAUGAGGCCCCACAUUCCUCUCUUGGUUGGGGCCGUGAUUUUCUCGUUCGCGCUUAAUGCUCUGGUGCUCACUCCACUGGAAGUUAUGAUGGUUCGAUUGUCUAUCCAAGCCAAGGCGACUCAAGUUGUACUUCUUCUGGAUACACCACCGGUUGAAACUAGCGGGCCUGUCAGGUAA